AUGUCUGGUUUUCCGGGCCAUCACCAACACUACUCAGCGACUCAAACUGCAUCAGCACCAUAUGAAAAUGCACCUGGUCAACCCUGUCAGAUAUACCAGCCUUUGCUUCAACAAACUAUCCAAAAUACAACUCCAGUUACAGCGUAUACAAGUCACGAAAAUAACGCGGCUCAGCAUUGGACCCUUCAAGCUCCUUAUUCACCAGUGCCUGAUAAACACAUCCAAAACCCAAAUAUAGUUCCAGCUUAUCCAAGUCACGAAAAUCACGUGGCACAUCAUCAGUCCCAUCAAGCUCAUUAUGCAUUACCGCCACAACAAUUGGAUCAAAACACAUACCCAGUGUAUCCAAAUUACAAAAAUCCCGGGGAUCAUACUUGGAGAAAUCAAGCUUGUUAUCCACCACCACCUCAACCACCUCCAGUUUAUCCAAGUCCCCCAAAUCACGUGGCUCAGCUUUGGACGCAUCAAUCUUGUUAUUCACCACCACCACCACAAGGCAUUCAAAAUACAUAUCUGAGGCAUCCGAGUCACGAAAAUGACACAUGUCAUGCUUGGAGCAAUGAAGCUUGCUACCCACCACACACCCACCUAUGUACACUUACAACCAGAUGA